AUGUGGAUACCACCGCAAUCGACGUCGGACAAAUCGCUGGAGGUCAGCCAGUAUGUUGGGGAUAAGUCGCUCAAGAAGAGGGCAUACGUCAAGAUUGAAGAAUGGGAGCCGCACAAGGAUUUUGUGCUACGACAGCGGCAUGCGAAGGUCAAGGAGAAGGAUAUAUUGUAUGCGCUGAGGCAUGAGAGAGGGUUCAUGGUGGAAAUGCAUCAAUUGAAGAAAGUGCUUCAAUUAUGGAAUUCUAAAAGGAAUCUUAAGCGCAAGCAAAGAGACUACAUUGUCCAGAUCGUUAAGGAACGCCGGAGAGCAGGGAAGAACCAGACAAUAUUCUACCACCCGAGUGGCACCUUAAUCGACCUUCCCGAGGUUAAGGAGAUAAUGCGGCGAUAUGGAAACUCGGAACCCCUGGAGCCUCCCAGUCCCGGCGGGCUCAUCCCUGGGAGCCCCAGGCUCCGCCAGACGCCGCCGGAUAUCUUAUUCAGCAAUCGUGAAAUUUCACCAAAUUAUAAUGACCAUCUUUCAAUGGUCCAUAGCAAUGCAUCCCCCGGAUCCCUUGGUAGUCUGCACUCACCGAUUGUAGAAACAGGACUGGAAUACACCACUCCGCCACACCUUGCUAUCGAUUUGUUCCUACAACAGACAACUGCACAGUCAAGUGCGAAUGUUACUGUUCCUACGACGCUAGGUUACUCAACUGAUAUAUCUCCUGGUGCAAUAUACCCGCCUUUGGGAUUUGAAGACGAUUUAUCAAUGUCGUCUGCAUAUUCUGAUCUCAGUAGGCCAAUACAAACAGAUCUUAGCCAUUCGCUUGAUUAUAGAUUACAAAGACCAACUUUACCGACAAUAUCUCCAUCUUCUAUCACAACCGGGUAUAUUCCACCUCCUUCGAGCUCUAGCUACUUUCAAGGACCUCCUGCCCCGCCUCUGCAAUAUCAACCAAUCAGCGAAGGAUACUCUUACUCUGCUCCUGCUCCUCCUCCUGCCCCCCCUCCUGCCCCCCCAAGACGCCCAAUUCCUGGACAGUAUGCACCGCCGGCACCUUUACCUGCGCGAGCGCAACCAUUUGCCCCACCCCCACCCCCACCCCCGGGAGUGCCACAGACCAAGUCCAAAAGCAUCUUCUCACGUUUGGGUUUUUCGUCGUCCAAAAAGUCAAGUCAACCAGCAAUGGCUGCUGGAGGCUCUAUCGCACCUGGUGCGCCGGUAUCAGCUCCGUAUAUGCAACCGGGCGCAUCCGCAGAUCAACAAUUCCCGCCACCACAGGUGCAGUCGGCUCCGCCAGCUCCUCAAAUUGCCGCUCCUGGUAUCGCACCUGGCGGUCCUCUGCCAGCUCCUUCAGAUGCUAGGUUCAGGACACCCGCUCGUUCGAGCGCAAGAACCCCCAAGAAGGAACCAUUCGUCAAAGAAGAAUUUGCAGAGAUCUCAACUCUGGAUUACUCUCGUGAUGAUUCGAAGAAAUCAAAAGAGGGCAAGAGUUUUGGAUACUCUGAAAUGGCUGAUAGAGCUGGGAGAUUGCUUAGUGGGAUGCCACCGAAGGUGGAUGAGCCGAGUAAACGAUCUAGACAAAGGUUCGAGGAGGAAGAAACUACAAUGCGACGAAAGGCCGAAGAAGCAAGACUUGAAAGCCAGCGCUUGGAGCAGCACAUGUUUUAUGCCCAAGAACAAGAAAGGCUUAGAUCCAUUGAGCAGGCCAGAAUUCGAGAGGAAGAAGCCAGGCAUCGACAAUUCGAGAGGGCUUAUACCCAGCCUGAACCAAUGGAGGUUGACGAAGACGCUGAAUGGACAGAAGAGGAGGAGGAGACACAAGAUAACUGGGCGUCGUCGAGGCCACAUUGGAAGCAAGAGCCACAAGAAGAUGAAGAUGAGGAAUGGGGAGAGGAAGAAGAAGUAGAUUCGUGGCAAGAUCCAGGGACAUCACAAUGGCCUCUUGAUGGUGAAUACCUAAGAUUGCAAGAGACUCUUCAGAGGGUCUCUGGCAGGGUUAACUUCUACCAGCCAAUCAUGAGAAUCCAACGAGAGAUUAAGAUCGGCCCCAAGCAUACAAUUCUCGUAAGGCGAGAUUCGAAGAAACUUGUGUUUGAUGUGUCAGACGACUUUAAGAUCAAAUUGAAGGAAAUUAGGAAUGAUGAUUAUGAUGAUAUCGUCAGUGCACUGAAAGGCCUUAGCGUAUCUGAGAAAGAGAAGAAGGAUGACGACAAAGAGCUCGCUGACGCCCUAGAAGGUCUUAAAGUCUCCGAGGAUAAGAAAGACGGUGGGGAGAAAUGGGACGACGAAGAAGAGGAAGAGGAAUGGAGUGAAAAUGAAGAGAAGGAAGAUGAAUGGGGAGAAGAAGAUGAAAAGGGGGAUGAAUGGGGAGAAGAUACAGCAGAAGAAAAGGUGGGCGAUGGUAAAAGUGAUAAAGUUCUGGCUAAGUUCGAUAACCUUACACUGUCAGAAAAGUCACCCGCAGCUACCGAACAAAAGGCCACCACCAUUACUACAGAAAAACCGUUGGCAGCAGAGGUGGCGACUGAACAGCUAUCCAAGUUGAAGGACUACGUCCCGUUCAAGAAGUUCUUAAAAGUGGAGUUCGCAGACAAAGAACUCCAUGAACUUGAAUUUGCAUCCGACGAUAUGGAGCAAAUUUACAGGAUCCACCUUCGGGACUGGCUACAAAAGAAAGUUGAAGAUGCAGAAUGGGAACUUGGAAUGGCCCCGCAGCGCCCGAAGAAGAGCAACGGCAAGAAGUUCUUAGAUGAAAACGACAAAAGACGUCUACCAACUCAUAUCUACAAAGCCACAAAACAUCUUGUCAAGGCGGACAUAGACCCUAAUGCAACUAAAGCUGAAGUUCAGUAUGAAAAUAAACUCUGGAACUGGGUGCUAGAACGAUAUAAGACGAUUAUAUCGUACAUGAAAGAGAACUCAGAUACCUACUGGACAGAUCUGUGGAACAAAACGGAACAAGCUGUUGUAUAUUUUCUCCCGUUCUUAGGGAAAAGAUUCGGGACUAAGCACUGGUUUACAUUGGAGGGAAUCAAAUUGUUGGGGGAAAGUUAUAUUUGGGAAGAAAUCGAAGGCGGGUGGAAAUACGGCCUACAGCUGAGGAACCUUGCAUAUGACGGGUUUGUAAGUCUGGGCUUUGAAAACUCGGGUAUAGUGUCUGAUUGUGUAGAUGAUGGAGUAAUUGAAAGGGAAAGAAGACAGGGCAGAAGUAAGAUGGAACUCAGAAGGGCAGUGGAGCAUUAUCGAACAAUACGAGCAGAUUUUGGAGAUUGGAGCCAACUCGGAGUCUACGCUAUCGGGUUGCUAAUAAGAGCACUAGCCAGAGUGGAUAAAGAGAGAGCAGUAAAGCUGAUACCUAUCGCCGCUGCAGGAUUCUUAAAGAUUCCAAGAGGCUUGUGGUGGAGGCUUGAGAUCGCGAAUUCAAUAUGGUUGGUCGGUGAAGCAAUGAGAGAAGUUGGGAUGGUGGAAGAAUCGGUAGGGUUUUUUUGGAAAACGAUGCCUGCUAUGAGAGAAAUACAAGGUAUUCAGGAGUCACUACCAGCGGUCAGAGUCCUAGGAGGGCUUGCGGAGGGAUUCCAAGUUUUAGGAAAGGCCCCUCAGGCGAUAGGAUGGAGAGAAAGAGUACUAGAGGUGUCUUCCGUGGCUUUAGGUAGAGGCCACCCGGAGUCUAUCUUUUGGGCCAAGAGAGCUCGGGAAGGGUUAGAGGCAAGAGGAAUUCAACUAUUGAAAGCUCCCAGUCCGAGAAAAGUAGAAUGGUUCGUGGGGAAGCUACUUCUAGAAGGAAACAGACGGGGUGUGGGCCAGAAGAGGCUCUUGAAGUUUACGAGGAAGACCAUUAGGAAAUUCGAGUCGAGCGGUAGAUAG